CAAUAGUUUGAAGUGAUUAAAUUUGCAAACCAGAAGGAAUAAAAACAUUUUGCAGCAGUUUUUUAUAUGAUGCAUCUGCACAAGAAAAGGUGAACAAAAUCGCAAAAAAUAGCAUUGAUUAUUCACUCAAGGAUUUCUAGACAACAAAAAAGUGAUGAUGUUAUUCUAGAACCGCUCGCUCGAUAAAAUACCAUUGAAACGACUAAAUUUGUGCACAUCUGCUGGAAGCUAUAAUAGUAUUAGGUAUGUGUGCAGUUUAGUGUUUUGGUAUUUACAGAGAAAAAGUGAAAAUUGACCAUUAGCUGACUGCAGUGCGGCAGCGGUAAUACAAAUUCAAUUUGUGGCUUAGCCUUUGCGUGUGUUCAGUAUCGGCCAGAAAACAAGUGAUAGUGACGAUGAACUCAGCCGGAAGUGUCCGUGGAUCAAAUGCAAGUAGUAAUGGCAAAGAGCCCAGCAAACGCUUCUCGAUUCAUGAUGCCUUCGAAGAGGAGACGGACGAGGUGAUCAAAGUUUACGGCACGACCGUAAUAUCAACACCGAUACGAGCCAAAGCCCGAUCACCGGAUGACAUUUCGAUACGAGUACAUCAAGAUCAAAGGACUCUAAAGUACACCGAUGAUACCACCUCUAGGGAUAGCGACUCACUGAUACAGGAGUACGGGAAUUUAUCCACCAACGACACCUACACCUACUGCUGGCGGCAUCCAAAGGUACGGGAAAAUUGGCGCACGGUGCUGGCCGCCGCCACCCUGCUGGUCAUCGGAACCGGCCUGAUAGCGAUGGGAGCAUACGCUAUUGCCGAACCUCACAACGGCUCACAGGCUGCAGUUUUCUUCGUUGCCGGAUUUAUUUGCUUCGUACCCGGAGCGUACCACGUCGUGUACAUCUGGCUAGCAGCUCGCGGUUAUCGAGGCUUUGAUUUCUACCAUCUGCCUUUGUUCACGUAAGGCGGAGAUGAAUGAGCGUAGAUUUACGGUCACCAUACGAACAACACAAACUCUGCUCAUGCUUCCUUCCCUGGGGAGAAGGACAGCGGAACCGGGAUCGAGGAAAAAAACUUUAUUACGGCACUUUCUGAAUAGUCCACGCGAAAGAAACUGUAGCUCAGAAAUGGGAUGUGAUUAAACUGUAAAUUUAUUAUACAUUUUUCUUAAAAUUGGACGCGGACAUUUAUUUAGAAAGAUCUUUUUGAAAAUAAAAAUGAUAAGUUAUUUUAUAUCUCAUAAGAUUUAAGAUAUAUACACCUCUCUAUUAAACAAUGUAUAGUUAUAGAUUUUCAAAAUUAGAACAUUUAGUAUCGAUCGAAAAAAUAUCGAAAAUGAAGACUAACAUGAAAGGCCGUCUCACCAAACAAUUGCAGUUUGGAUCGAAUAAAAACAAAUCUGAACAUACCUAGUACUAAACCAAAAGCUUAUUGCUUUUCAUAUGAAUUUAGCUAUUUAUAAGCUUUCAUCUAUCUAAUACAUUCGAAGCAAGAAUUGUUUUUUAUAAAUUUGACUGACCAAUACGGGGGUGAACGUUUCAAUAAACAGAUCAGCAUACUUUUAGUAGGAGGAUGGAAUUAAACUUAGGCUGGUUAAAAAAUGUGUACAUUGAUUUGGCAGAAAUUCCAGGGCAUUUUACAGGGUUUGAGAUGAAUUUAAAGAAAUUAUCUUACUAGUACUCAUUUAAAUCGUUUUUUAAGAUGAAUUCAUCACCUUUAAAUACACUAAACGGUGCAGUAGACACCAAUAGUUUAUGCCAAAAAUAACAGAAUUCGAAAAAUCUCUGAAGCAAGCAGGCAGUUUUAGUUUCCCUUGUAAUCGAAAACAAUAUGGUAGCAAAUCCACAUUGAUGAAUAUAAAGCAUUCAGUCGUAUUCGAAAAAGAUCACUGCAGAUUGUAUUCGUUCAUUUGCAUACCGUUAAAUCAACAGCGCUAACAGUUAUUAAAAAAGAACAUCCAGCCGAUAUUCGCGACGUAGAGUAAACCAGAUUGGAGACCAAUCUUCAACAUGUUACUUUUUCCGAACAAAGAACCUAUUUUUCGAAAACAGGCUUCCAAUGUAUACAAUAGGUACUAAAUUUCAAAUGGUUAUUCAACUACUGAAUUCGUAAGGAAAUGCUCAAAAAAUCAAGAAAAAUGGUAGAUCUGGCUGUUGGAAUAAAUAACAUAUCUCAUCACUAAAUGAGGUAUCGAUCUACAUUAUCAUGUUAUUCAUACAAGUUAAUUGUUACAAGGGACCACCACUUGUCCUCCCUGCUAGCGCCUAAAUGUAACAGGACACGAAAAAUUAUGUGGAUUCUUUUAUUUUUUCUUAGACUUUGUCUAUGCUCAAGCAAUAUCAACUCAUAAAAUGAGCGCAGUCAAUAGGUACACCAAAAGAAGGAGACCGCAACUAAGCAUAAAACCAUGAAUGGAGCUUACUUAAUAUUCAAAUAGUAUCGCGCAUCGGAUGCAUUGCAACCGCGUUAUAGUGACGAAAAAUGGCACGCGCCACACAAUGUUAUCGUAUUAGGGUUUUAGAUGGUACCGAUCACAACCUGUUAAAGUGUUUAAAUGUGCCAUCAUCAUUUUGAUACUCGACGGUUUGGAAAAAAACAUUUGUACCCUGUUCGAGGUUGUAUUUUACUGAACUAAUUGACUUGCUUUGUACGAAUGAGAAGCGCAUAUGAUAGAGAAAAACAAUAUACUUUUCAAAACUUUUUUACACCUCACAACUAAACCCAACUCAGUAUUUGUUAUGAAACAGGGCGACACUGUACACGCGAUUUAACAAAUGCAGACAUUUCGAAAUAAAGCGUUUUUUUUAUUCUGCUGGUUUCUCGAGUCUUAUAGACAUCAAAAUCGCAAAAGGCUUCCCAUAUUAGAAUGUUAGAACUACUAUAUGAUAUUAAAAAACAUUUUUAAAUCAUCGUUAUUGAAUAUUAUUUAUUUUAAAUGUUUAUUCUGAUGGAUAGAGUAAUGCGUAAUAGAAAUAAAUUGUUUAAACGUGAACGACAUUCAAUUAGCAAAAAACUGGAAGAUAUGGAAAGUUAAUUUAGAACAAUAUUACUCAAAUGAGAGUACUAUUAUGAAGUAAAAAGCACAGAUACAAGUGUGGAAUAGGAUCAUGCAGGCAAAAUUAAAGUUUCUCGACAACCUAACACUUUGUCUUAUAUCGUAGAAAUUCGGAUGUUUUAGCACCGUUUAACCUGUACUUUCUCCUUCAUAAUUUUGUUCUAAGUUAGAACAGGAUUAUGAAGGAGGAAGUAAAACAAUUUAAUUUCUACGAUAUAAGACAAAGUGUUAGGUUAUCGAGAAACUUUAAUUUCCCCUGCAUGAUCCUAUUCCACAAUUGUAACUUCUAACGUUAGUUCUAAAUAAGCGAUUCAUACCUUCCAAUACCUUGCUAAUAGAAUGCCGUUAAAAUAUACUAAACAAAAAAAUUGGCUCACUAUUAGUCAUUAAAAAAUAACAAAUGGCAUUAUAACAAACUUUAAGCAAGCAUUUGAUGCAAAGUAGUCCCUACCUUAACUAUAUAGUGUAGCAGAAGGGAUUCAGAAUUUAUUUCGAAAUAGGUUUAUGAAAUGCAUCGCAUUAAAAAAUAAAUGCUGCUUUGUACUUUAAAACCGUGCAAAUUUAAUUUAGAUUAUACGUUGAGGAAAAUUUCAAAUUAAAUAAGAAGGAACACCAUUGGAAAGCAGUGAUCAAUUGUAAUCUAAAUCAGGCAUUGUGCGAAUGUAAUUGCAAUUAUCUAUUUUUGUUCAAAUAAUUAAAUUAAGCUAACGUAAAAUAAACAUUUAUAUAUAACUCGUGAUUAUCCUAAA